CGCUCUGCCCUCCGGAAAGGAGAGAAGCGCCGAGGAGCGCCUGUUGCUCUCGGCCCGGCCUCCUCCGACUCCUCCCUCGCUCCGCCGCUAGGGGGUGGCCUAGCCGAGCAGCCCGACCCGGAGGCAGAAGCAGUCGGCCAGAGCAGCGGCGGCGGCGGCACCAUCAUGACCCUGGGCUGCAGCAGCGGGAGCAGCCGGCCCUGUGGCUUGCUGGCGGCCCCCUCGCCGGAGGAGGACGAGGAGGACGAGGCCCUGUCCGACCUGGAGGAUGCCGACAUCGACGUGGUGGGCCCCCCCCACGAGCACGGGCAAGCCAAGUUCAGCGAGGAGGAGGAGGAGGAGGAGGAAGAGGAAGAGGACGAGCUGCGCCUCCUCCCCAAACAGGCGGUGCGGGUGAGGCUGUCCCCAGUCCAGCGAGGAGGCCCGGAGGCCACGCUGGGCGACAACCACGUCGCUGCAGCGGCUCCGGCGUCGGCUCCGGCGGGGUCGGCGGCCGCCCCGGUGUCCGCCUCGUCCUCGUCCUCGUCGGGCGGCGCUUCGGGGGCCGGCAAAAACCCCCUGGUGAAGCCGCCCUACUCCUACAUCGCGCUCAUCACCAUGGCCAUCUUGCAGAGCCCCAAGAAGCGGCUGACGCUGAGCGAGAUCUGCGAGUUCAUCAGCGGCCGCUUCCCCUACUACCGCGAGAAGUUCCCGGCCUGGCAGAACUCCAUCCGCCACAACCUGUCGCUCAACGACUGUUUCGUCAAGAUCCCUCGCGAGCCGGGCAACCCGGGGAAGGGCAACUACUGGACUCUGGACCCGGAGUCCGCGGACAUGUUCGACAACGGCUCCUUCCUGCGCCGGAGGAAGCGCUUCAAGAGGCAGCAGCAGCAGCUCCACCCGCAGCCGCCGGAGCUCCUCUUGCGCGCCGCCGCCGCCGCCGCCGACUCGGCGGCUUUCCUGCCGGGUUUCGCCUACGGACCUUAUGGCUACAACUACGGGCUGCAGCUGCAGUUUCCACCAUCACCACCACCACCACCACCACCCGGUGGCCGCCGGCGGAGGACGGCGGGGACUUUUUCCUUCCAGACUUCGUCCUGCACCCUGCCUCCGCCGCCGCCGGGCCCUGGGGCCACGACCACCGGCCCGUCCGUCUUCUCCGGCGGACUCUCCUCUUUCCUGGGAGGCGACCUAAGUUGCAGGAAAGCUUUCUACCCGGCGGGGCAGCUUAGCCCUACCGCCUCCCUCCUCCAGAGCCUCAAGGCGGAUCAGGGAGCAGGCAACAGGCCUUCUUUUUCCAUAGACAAUAUCAUCGGGGGCGGCGGCGGCGGCGGCGGCGGCGGCGCGGCCCCUCCGCCUUCCAGUAGCUCCACGGUCAGCGCAACAGAUUCGCCCUUCCCGGCGGGCCAUGCCGGGAGCCAAGCGCAGGUCCUGGCUAUGUUGUCUCCAGCUCUGACUCCCUUACCGAACCAUUUGAGCCUCACCCACGAAUCACUCCUGCAAUCGGGACAAAACUUUUCCAGUAAACUCACAAACCUCAACAACUGCCCUUUUUAAAGGCAGCCACAGUGACCCCCUUCCCAAUCAACAACACCCCCCUCCUAUCUAUCUCUCCCCCUAUUGCCCUCCCUUUGUGUUUUGAAAGGUAGGAAUUUUUUUUUUUUUUUUGGUGACUGGCAUCUGGAUCGUUUUGUGUGUGUGUGUGUGUGCGUGCGUGCGCGCGCGCGCGCGCGUUUGUAUAUCUUCUCCGGGAUUGUGGUUUAGCAAAUGGCGGGGGUAUGUGAGUAGGGGGAGAGAAAACUGUUGAGCCAAAAGACCUAUUUAAAAUGAAAUGAAAUGAAGUGAUUUCUGACAACUUGGGGGGGGGGAAGCAAAAGUAAAAUCAUUUCAUUAGGGCUGCAGUCCUAAGCUGCCCAAGUGGUGCUUUUUUAAGUUGGAUUCAUUGGAAUGCCCUGGAUCCAUUGGCAGCUCGGUUAUUCUGGGGUAACUGCCUUACACUCUGUAAAGUUACUCCAUUCAAUUUAAGUCUCCCAGAGUGGGGUCCUUUGUGCAGUAGAAUGCAGAUUUCCCAGGCAAUUGGUUUGAAGAAAGGUCUGUUCCAAGCAUAUAACUUUGCUGCUGAUAAUGGUGUGUUUUAAUACAUGCUUUUUGGAGGGCAAAACGCAUUGCAUUCUGUACCUGCUCCCAGGUGUGCCUCGGAUAGCAACCUUAGUGUGUGUCUUUGUGUGUGGGGAUGCACUUGUGAGACUUUGCAUUUAAACUGUUUCUCCCCCCCCCAAUGGUCCUAAUUGUCUGUAUUUUCCCAUUUUUGAAGGAAGGUUUUAAAAAUUUCCUUUGGGCAUCCUUAAAGGUUCAAUGUUUCCUAAAAAUGUAUAAAUCAAUUUAUGUUUUUACAGGAGAUUUGAAAUAGGUAUCUCAAUACAUAUUUCUAAAGAUUAGGCCAUAUCAGCAAAUCCUGUAUUAUCGAAACUCCCGCCUCUCUUCCCCUUCAGUGUGUGUGUGUGUGUGUGUGUGUGUGUGUGUGUGCGUGCGCGCGCGCACGCGCGUGCGAGCUCACGCAUGUGUGUAUGUGUGAUCAGUGUAUCCAGACUCCUUGGCGUGUAUACAUUGUGCACCAGAGCUACUUCGCUCUCUUCCCACUAGUUGUGUUUCCCUAUUUUAUUGAAAGAAUUGUGAACAAUUAGAUGUGGAAAAGGCAACAAGGUUUUUUUUGUCCGCCUCCGCUGUAAAUUAAUAAAUGUCUGUGAACUCUCUUAAAA